CAUUAGCGCAUUCUCGGCAUUUCAGAUAAAAAAAUUAAAGCGAAACUAGAGUACGGAGAGUACCAGUAAUAUUCUGCAUUUGUUCCAUACGACGCCGGAGAUCUCCGCAUGACUGCGGGCGCCGACGAGCCCUACCGCGAAGAACAAGAAGGCGGAGCGAUGGCGAUGCAAGAAAUCUUCCAAUCGGUCCGCAGCUCUCUGGUCUUUCGACCAAACACUAAUGGGGACGAUGGUGGCGGUGGAGUCGGCGGCAUCGCGGGAAAGAUCGGUUUUUGUCUCAGAAAAUCGAGAGGGUUAGGUUUUGGGCCAGGGUUCCUCCACAAGGCCCCACCCUUACCUCCGGGGCCUCCUAUCGUCGCCGAGGACAGCUCCCCUCCGAUCCGGUGGAGGAAGGGCGAACUCAUUGGCUACGGUGCCUUUGGCCAGGUGUACAUGGGUAUGAAUCUCGAUUCUGGAGAGCUACUCGCCGUGAAACAGGUUCUGAUCGGGAAUAACGGUGCUUCCAGGGCGAAAGCUCAAGCUCAUAUAAGGGAGCUUGAGGAAGAAGUUAAGCUUUUAAAGAAGCUUUCUCACCCUAAUAUUGUUAGAUACUUGGGAACUGUUAGGGAGGAGGAGACCUUAAAUAUUCUCUUGGAAUUCGUGUCAGGUGGAUCAAUUUCAUCACUGCUUGGGAAAUUUGGGUCCUUUCCCGAAGCUGUUAUUAGAAUGUAUACAAAGCAGCUGUUGCAGGGCCUCGAGUAUCUUCAUCGUAAUGGAAUCAUACAUAGGGACAUAAAGGGUGCAAAUAUACUUGUUGAUAACAAGGGGUGCAUUAAACUUGCAGACUUUGGGGCAUCUAAGCAAGUUGCUAAGCUGGCAACUAUCACAGCUGCCAAGUCAAUGAAAGGUACUCCUUACUGGAUGGCACCAGAAGUGAUUGUUCAAAGUGGGCAUAGCUUCUCUGCUGACAUUUGGAGCGUUGGUUGUACCAUUAUUGAGAUGGCCACUGGCAAACCUCCUUGGAGCCAGCAAUACCAGGAGGUUGCUGCUUUAUUUCAUGUUGGCACAACAAAGUCACACCCACCAAUUCCAGAGCAUCUUUCUUUAGAGGCCAAGGAUUUUCUUUUGAAGUGCUUACAAGAGGAACCAAACUUGAGGCCAGGUGCUUUUGAUUUGCUGCAGCAUCCCUUUGUUACAGGGGAAUUUAAGGAUCCGCAUCCAUUGUAUCAUUCUCCGGUUAAGGAACCCUCCAAAACUGUGGUUACAUCAUCGAAAGUGCAGAUGAACAACUUAGGCUUGAAUGAUAUGAAGCAUGCAUAUGGCAGUGGCUUCACCAUUAAUUCUGAGAAGGCCUCAACAGUAAGACCUAUCUGGGAGGUGAGUCCUGAUGAUGAGGUGUGCCGGUUUAGUGACACAGAUGAUUUUCCAGUGGUUGGAUCGAGCUUUAAUCCAAUGUCGGAGCCAUUUGAUGACUGGCCAUGCAAGUUUGACUUCAGUGCAGAACAAAGAAUCAUGAACUCAGAUGACUUGGGCAUGCCAACUAAUGGUGCUUCUGGUGGUGGUCAGGAAGGGGAAAAUGACUUUACGUUCCCUUGUGGGCAAGUAUGUGAAGAUGAUGAAGUUACAGAGACAAAAAUUAAGGCUUUCCUGGAUGAGAAGGCCCUUGAUCUGAAGAAGCUGCAGACCCCUUUAUAUGAAGAGUUCUACAACACCAUGAAUGCUACAAGUUCUCAUGGAGUUGAGAGUACGUGCAAGGAAACCAUCACAAAUAUUUCAAGAUUACCACCCAAAGGCAAGUCAUCACCCAACAAGGUGGUAAGUGGGUCAUCUUCCCCAUGUUCUGAUACCACAAAGAACAUUAGCCCUGGGAACCGCAGUAGGCAAGUCUCAAGCACUGAUGAGGAGAAUAAUCAGAUUCUGAGAGAAAUACCUUCUCCUCAGCUUAAUGAGUGGGGAGAUCCUCUUCAAGAUGUUCAACAAGAACCAACCAGCCUAAGCACAAGCUUUUCUGAGAGACGGAGGAAGUGGAAAGAAGAGUUGGAUCAGGAGCUUGAGAGGGAAAGAGAGAUGAUGCGCCAAGCAGGGCUCGUUGGGAAGAUAUCUCCAAAGGACAGAGGCCUAAAUCGCAAGAAAGACCACUUGCCAUCCACAUCUCCAGCCAAAUAGGUGUACAGACUUACCUAGCCUUAUUGGUUAUCUUACUGUGUGCUUCAUCUGGUUAUCGAUGAAUAAAAACACACUGGCAAAAGUGCAGAUCCUAUUACCAUGAUUUGCCACCCUACCAUCAUUGGCAUAUGAAAGCAAGACAGCCAGCGGUUUUUGCUGGUUUAGCACAAAGAGAAAAAGGUAAUCUAUCACUCUGAUAUCUUAUGUGCAGCAGCCAGCCAGUGCUCGGUGUGCUAUGUUUGUUUUGCAAAGCAAUUGUUGAUGCUAUUCCAGCGGUAUGUUAGCAAAUUGAUGUUGUAUCAUGUUUGCCUUGUGGUAAUGCAUCUGAGAAGCUUGUUAUAGAUUCUAAUUGAAGAUUGAAUUUUUUUUUUUUUCUUGAAAAA